UGGUGCGUGGCGACGUCGUGCGUCCAGUGCGGUCAGUUUUCUCACGCUGCAUUAUUGUUUUCUGUUCAAAAGGCUUUUGGCGCUGAGAGCGUCAGUUUGAUGAGAACAAUAAGAUAAGAAUAAACAUGUCAUAUGACGGAUAACUACAUUACGGAACUAGCUGUUAGCUUCGUGAGCUCUGCUCGGAACGUGACGCAGGUGUUUAAGCUUAGCCUGUCUAAGCUAACGGCAGCGAACACGCCUCAUUGGUUCUAAUAAGACGUGGACUUAGUCUGUGGGUUUAGGGUCAGACCCGGUGGGCAGCUGGUGCCGAGGACUGACGCGACCCAGAAUGUGAGCAGCAGCUUGUUUGAGUGCUGGCAGCCGGACACGUUAAUCCCUUUGCACCGUGGGCUGAGUGAUCAUGGCUCGUGGAUCAGUACUGCGCGCUGGGACUCGAGCUGUGACUCUGCUGUGUGCGCACUCGCUUCGUUAUCUCUAUGAAUCAGCACACAUGCGGUUAUCAGGACCUCAGGCCGGAUUCCAACCGGCGAAGGUGGCGGUUGUGACGAAGACGACGCGGUACGAGUUCGAGCAGCAGCGGUGUACCAGUUCGCGGGACUCUGCGAGGGAGGACUUGAAAUAUCUGCUUGCUAUGAAAGGCUCCAACUACAGCGGCCUGCUGGAAAGGCACAACAUCCACACUCACAACGUGGAACACAUUGUGAAGAGCCUGCGGAAAGCUGGUAUCGAGGUGAGAGUUGUGAAGAGAGGAGAAUAUGAUGAAGUCGUCGUGCGAUGGGCAGAUGCUAUCAUCUCUGCUGGCGGUGACGGGACAAUGCUGCUUGUUGCCAGUAAGGUUUUAAGCAAAGACAAACCUGUCGUCGGUGUUAACACAGACCCUGAGAGGUCAGAAGGUCAUUUGUGUUUGCCUGUACGUUACACUCACGCCUUUCCAGAGGCCCUGGAGAAACUCUUUCGUGGUGAGUUCAGGUGGUUGUGGCGACAGAGGAUUCGACUACAUUUAGAGGGGACAGGAAUUAAUCCCACCCCGCUGGAUCUUCAUGAGCAGCAGCUGAGUUUGUUGCAACACAGCCAAGCUCACCGUGUCGCCACUGCAGACAGCCAGCGGAGGGCAGGACCACUAUAUGAUGGAUACUGUAAACCUAUUCUGCUCCCUGUCAGGAGCCUGAAUGAAAUCUUCAUCGGGGAGUCUCAGUCCUCCAGGGUGAAGUUUAAGUCCCUCAAACCCCAUGUUAAACUCUUGCUCCAUAGGGCUUCCUACUAUGAGAUCUCAGUGGAUGAUGGCCCGUGGGAAAAGCAGAAGAGUUCAGGCCUGAGCAUUUGCACAGGAACGGGAUCCAAAGCCUGGUCCUAUAACAUCAACAAACUCACUCACCGAGCUGUGGAGGACGUUCUUAAGAUCGCAAAGUUGCAGUCGGGCGUCGAUGUCCCACUCAGUCGCGACUUUAUUGACAACGUUACUGAUGAAUACAAUGACUCUCUGGUGUUCAGUCCGGACGACACGCGGCUCUUCUUCAGCGUCAGGGAGCCCAUUGUUAACCGCGUCUUCUCCAGCAGUCACCAAAGAGGCUUCGCCACAAAGGUGUGUGUGCGCUCACGGUGCUGGGACGCCUGUAUGGUGGUCGAUGGCGGGACUUCGUUUGAGUUUAACGACGGCGCCAUCACAACCAUCAGUGUGAGUGAAGAGGAUCGACUCCGGACGGUGGUUCUGGAGAACUGAGGAGUCCAACGCAGACCUCAGUGAUUGUACCUCAUUCAAAUGGAAGGUUUUUAAAGGCCGUGGACUGAAAUCUGAACCAAAGCUAUCCGAGGUACUAGUUUUCACAGUGGGAUUGGUUAGAAACUGAGGACAGAGAUUGUCUGCUUUGGACACGUUGAGUUAAACUCGACCAAAACAAGCAGAAAUGAAAGAUUGCAUUAAUGUAAAGAAUAUUGGUGAUUUUUGUUCCUCUUUAGCCUAAAGGAUUGGUGUAAUUUAAACUGUUUAUCUUGAUUAUGCAGUGUUUUCCAACCUGUCUGGGUUCUUUUUAAAAAUGGGCCAUGUUAACAUAUCAGUUUCUCCUUUAGUCACAUGCUUUCAACAUAAGGGUGUAAAAGUACAUGAUGCUCUAAGUGGAAAAACGGAGGGGGAUUUGAACACUAAAGUUGUUCUGAUUUUUAAUACCUUUGCCCGAAUUCAGAGGUUGUGAUCAGAGCGUUCAACUAUUCUGUGGUCUGAAUGCUGCAGGGAAUUGAACUGGAAACACUUGAACCUGAUCCUUUGUGAGCAAGAUUUUUUUUUUUUUUUUUUUU